GCUCCCUCCUUGUGGUGGCGUCGCAGUAGUGCAUUCCAUGAUCAAGCGUCAUCGGCAGGACUGACAACAGUCAUCUGCGCAGAUGUGCCACAGGACAGUCAGUCGCCCUUCCGUCUGAGAGGCAGGCAACUUCAUGAUGCACGACGAGGACGGCGGCGACGCCAUGGACAUCGAGCCACCCGCACCGGCCGCACCUGCCGCCUCGGCAAGCAUGAGCGCCAGCUCCGAUGCCAUUUCAAGGCCAGACGAACCGGUGCUCCGCCUGCCGCCGUACAUCGGUGAGCACACACACACAUGGGGGGAGAGAGCACACGGGGGCGACAUGCGCAGCGACAUGGCGUGCUCCUCUGUGUGUGUGUUGUGUGUGCUGACCAGAUCUCCCUGAUAACGAGAAGGAGAUUCUGCGCAUCAAUGCGGGCGGGCAGCGUCUGUGCGUGCAGCGGGGCAUCCUGCGGCGCAUCCCACACACCGUCCUGAGCACCCUCUUCUGCGGCGCGUACGACCACCGCUUCAUCAAGGACGACACCAACGCCCUCUUUAUCGACGUCCACACACCGGCGUUCCUCUCGCUCGUCGAGCAGCUCGCCAUGGACUCCGUGCCCGAUAGCGAGACCCUCCCCGACGCCCCCGUCCCCCUCCCGCUCCUCAACACCUGCCACAUCCCGCCAGGCCUGGCGCACGACUCAUCAUACCGAUUCCUGUAUCGGCUGCUGCUCAAGCAGGUGCCCGACGGCCGCACAGAGGAGGGGGAAGGACACGAAGACGGCGAGGGGGAGGGGGAGGGGGAGCGGUCACCGCAGCAGCAGCUGCAGGAUGACGAGCAACAGGGCGGUCGUGGUAGUGGCGAGCGUCGUUUUGGUGGUGAGGGUCUGCUGCACGCGGCGGACGAGGAGGACGGUGUGGUGGCGAGGGAGGUGGAGGGCACGGUGGUCGCCACCACACUGCAGACGGUGGCCUUCUGCGGCACGGAAUCCUUCAUCUACCAUCGCAUGAACAGGUAGGUAAACAUCAACCCACCCACCAUGCGAGCGCAGCACUCAACCACACCACACCACCCUCUGUGUCUGUCUGUCUGUCUGUCCCUCAGGUGGGGCCCGGUUCGCGGCGUGUCGCUGUCCGAUUUCCGGCACAUCAUCGACGCCUACCGCCGGUUCCGCCUGACCAACUGCCGCCGGGUGGAGGCCCCCCCGCUGCCGUCCUUCCAGCUGGCCGACUUCCUCUACGCCUGCGAGAUGUUCCAGCUCAAGAUGGACAUUCCCAUCCACCUUUUGUCGGACCCCAACGGCAUCGCGCCAGCCGUCAUCUCGCUGUUCGACAGCCUGGUGAUCGAGGGGUACGGCGAGGAGGUCGAGGGCGUGGCCAGGCGAGUCACGCAGGUGGUGGGGGAGAUCCGAGAUCGGGGCGGGGAGGCCGACCUGGACGGGGAGGGCGAUGGAGACCGCUCACAUAUGGAACUGGUAUGUACCUCAUCAUGACACACACACACACGAAGCCAGAACACGAAGCCAUGCAUUGUGGAUGGUUUGUGGUCCGGUCUGUCUGUCUGUCUGUCUGUCAGGUGUAUCGUUUGCUGUUCCGUGCGACGCGUGACGGUUUCCACUACCGUCAGCUGCUGGCCAAGAUCCAGAACAAGUCGCGCCUCCUCUUCCUCAUCAAGCCAAGGGGCCUCGCUCCCAUCGCCAUCUUCGUCUUCGCCGCCUUCAGCCCCCCGGGCGCCGAGCCCCCCUACCCUGUCCUGCCCCCCAACAUCGACAAGAUCAUCCCCACACGACUGCUCAUCUUCCCCAUACCCCUCGCCGGCCGCAGACCACUGCGCUACCUUAGGAGGGAGCCCAGGGGGGCCGCUGCUGUUGCUGCUGCUGCGGCGGCGGCUGCAGCUACAGCAGCUGCAGCACCGGCGGCAACACCGGUCGUCACGGAAGACGAGGAGGAGUGGGGCCAGAGCGGCCACAACAGCGGCAACAACGGCAAUGGCAGCGGCGAGAAUGGGGGUCGCCCGACGGAAGAUGAAGACGGCGACGAUGAGGACAACGGCGCCGACACGGGCGACAGCCCCUCGAGCUCCAACAACGUCGACGGCGGUGGUGGUGGUGGCGGAAGCUCUUCCUCGGCCAUGCGCCUCACCAGCGCCGUUCGCCGGCAGUCCGAGACCACGGAUGAGAACCACCACAUGAGCACCCGCAAUGUGCGGCUGCGCACGACCCCCCCGGCUGCUGCGUCUGGGAGAGUGAGGGGGAGGACAGCGGGGCGGAGGGGCUCCGAGGAUAGAGAGCCGUCGAGCGACGAGUUUUGGGGAGGGCUGAUGACCACACACACACCGGCUGCUGCUGCCGCUGCCUCUGCUGCUGGUGGUGCUGGUGGUGGUGAGCCAUCGAUGGUGCCCCUGCCCAUAACUCCGUUCGCUAACAUCAAUGGCACCAGCAACGGCGGCGGCAAUGGCAGCGGCAACUCGGUACGCAGCAGCCAGGCAGAGACGAACACACACACACACCAUCGCCCUCCUCUUCACUCGUUGCUGUGCCUGCCUUGCUUGCUUCAGGGUUCUGGUUGGUCGUUUGUGGAGAGACCGAACGGGACAGCGCCGCACAACACGUCAAUCACCCCCUCCCGCCCGGCCACAUCGUUCGCUUCCGCCAGGUCGGCCAUCGGCACCGGCUUCCGCUCACCGUCGGGGGGCCCGUCCCGUCUGUCGCCGACCCAGCGCUUCGGCACCCCCCCUUCGCCCCCUCCCCCUCCCCCAGUGUUUUCUGGCGCCAGUGGGUCACUGAGCACCUUGUCGGUGUACUCGCGUCCGUGGCCCCCCGUGACGUGUCCCAACUGCCAGCACUGCUUCGUUCCACCGCCCGCAUAUCAACGACGGGUGCUGUACGGGCCGCCAGCCGUGCCGCCGUCUCGGUUUCAGCCGCCCCCGGCAGCAGCAGCAGCAGCAGCAGCGGGUGGUUCUGGUGGUGGUAGCGUGUCUGUGAGUCGCUCGCCUGGUUUGGGGCCGCCGCUGAACAGUUCUGCGCGCGAUUUUGGGGACUCGUGGUGGCGUCGGAUGGUGCAUCUUCGCAUGAACCCCUUCAUGAGCAUCGACAGGGACCGGGACGCAGACAGGGCUAGCGAGGAGGUGAGUGAGCACACUCACACACCCCCCAUCCACCCACCCACCCACCCACCCGUAUCUUUCCCAUUGAUUGCAUGUUUCCAGUGGCUGUCUUCGUCGUUCCUGCAGGCGCUGUGGUCGACGCCCAUGGAGUCGCUGAGCCCGUCAGGCCGCUACUCGGGCAGUCUGCUGCAGCCCACAUCCCCCAUGGCCAUCGACGACAAGGAGGACCACGUCCUCACAAACAUCAUCCUCGCCGCACCAGGCGAAGAGAUGCCCCCAGACGACCACAUGGCCAUCGGCGAGGGACUGCUCAACAACAAUGACAAUGGUGCCGGUGGUGGUGGUGGUAGUGGUGGAGGGAACAAUGACGAUGAGGAUCACGACAUGGGGAGGGGCGAUGGGCAGCGAGGCGAGCGGCGUGAACCCGACACCGAGGGGGCAGCAGGGAGUGAUGGGAAGCAGGCGGCAGCGGAGCAGCCAGCGGGGAACGCCAUGGGGCCUCCGGCUGCUGCUGCUGCUGCUGCCGCUGCUGGUGGUUCUGGUUCUGGCCCGCCGGGUGUUGCCCUUGGUCUGGCGGGCGUUUCAGUACCCUCGCCGGCUCUCAUGGGGGAGUCGGCCAGCAGCUGGCCUCCCCCGUCCGCUUCCUCUUCCCCUCCCAAACCCUCUCGCCCGCCCCCUUCCCCAUUCUCGUUGAUGCCCUCCAACGGGCCACCACCCCACCAGCAGCAACAACAGCAAGACCAACAGCAGCAAGAUGAUAAUGGUGACGACGACGAGGAGGACGAUGAGGGUGAUGGCGAGGGCGAGGGCGAUGCCCCUCAACCACAGCCACCUGCAGCAGCAGCUGCAGCGGCUGCCGCAGCGGCAGCGUCGCCACCCGCCCCAGCCCCAGUGCCGCAUGCCCACACUGCCCCGGCCGCUCCAGCAGCAGCAGCGGCAGCUGCUGCAGCUGGUGGGAGCGGUUUGACGGCCGGCGUGAAGGCCCCCGGCAAGGAGGAGGAAGAGGACAAGAGCACCUAUCGCAAGUGGAAGAGCUACGUGGAGGAGGACCCCGACCUGCCCAGCAAGAUCCCCAUAGAGUUCGAGGGCCACGUCAUGUCGGUGUGGCUGGGCGUCAGACCCUGCCCACCGGACGGCGGGCAGGAGGGCGCUGGCGGCACCGGCAAGGACGGCGACAAGGACCAGCAGCCCUUUCGCGCAGGAGUGGACAUGCCCCAGGGGCCGCGGGACGGUGGGUGGAGAGGGAGAUGGGAGGCCACACGAGAUCUCAGAUUUGGACGGGUGCAGCAGACCGUCAAACCCAGGUAACCCUGGAGAGGGAGAGAGAGAGAGAGAGAGAGAGGGAGGGAGAGAGGGAGGAUGACGGUCGAUGCACGAUUUGUUCUCUCGCUCUCUGGCUGUGUGUGUGUGUUUAGGCAUUUCCGUUAUGCGCAGCGCAUGAGUGACCACCGGCGGACUGAGGUGGAGGUGCUGGAGUCGAUGCGGCCGCCCCACACGCAGGACGAGCUCUUCAGGGGCGUCCCGCUUGACAUCGACGAGAUCGAGGUCUUCCAGGUACCUAACACACCCACACACACACACAUAGCACGCUCCCCAGAGAGAGACCGAGAGACCCCACGCACGUUGAUUGAUGUGUGCCGUGUGCCAUGUAGGUGUGUGAGGGCCCGGUGACGUGUUACUACGACCCCCCCGGUCACUCCUUCCCCCACUCCGACGGAGCGGCGGCGAGCAGCUGAGCAGCUGAUGGGUGGGUUGAAUGACGAUGAUUAAGCAAGCAAUCGGCUGGGGCGGGGGGCGGUGGUUGAUUUGUCGGUCGGUCGGUCGGUCGGGGCACCCACCCACCCCACCCCAGCCACCGUCCCGCCCAUCGGUCGACUCGUGUAGGGUCCUAGAGAUGUAGAUGCUUAGAGACAGACAGACAGACAGACAGACAGAGAGAGGAGAAAAGCUGGCUGGGCUGCGGCUGCAUGUAAGCGCCUUGCCCGUGUGUGCCUGCGUGUCUGCCUGCCUGCCUGCCCGGGUGUCAGCCUGGGUUGUCUCUUGGCUGUCCUCACCCCACACCACUCCACUCCACACCACACCACUCAACUCAGACGCGGGCGGGAUGUUGCCUGCGUGGAUGAAUCUGAUGUGUGUUCGUGGUGGAUGGGUUGGUGUGUUUGUGUUUGCUCUCAGCUGCGUGCGUAUGUGACGACAGACAGUACACGCACUGCCACUCACUGUGUGCGUGGGUGUUUGUGUGCGGGCUCUUUAAGGAGGUGCAGCUCUGCUGUGGACGGAAUGUGUGUGUGUGUGUGUGUGUGUGCGUGAGGGCGUAGGAGCGAGGCUUGCAAGUGGUGAGCGCUUCUUGCUUGAGUAAUGGUGGUGGGACGGUGGGUGGGUGGAUUGAGAUGGAAGGACAGACAGACAGACGCCUUUUUGUUGCGUAACAUUUGCUUCGUUGUGUGUGUGUUAUCGACCGACCAUACGUGUUUGAUGCCUUCCUUCCUGUCAAUCGUCAGUGAU